AAAAAAAUACACCAUUAAUCAAUCAAAAUUGAAAAAGUAAAAAUAAAAUCAAUACUGCCAAGAAGCCAAUAUCUGAAUUGAAAGACAGAGCACUGAAACCCCGCACCUCAUAUAUCACCAUAUCAUACCCUCUCCUCUCGACUCGUUUACAGUUAUAUCUGGUCGGCUGGUCUUCCAGUUCCUCCUCCUCUCUCUGCUGAUGAAGGGAAGCUGAGACUUUUUGAAAGAUUUAAUCUUUUUAACUCCCACGAAUCACAAUGGACUCAAAGUCUGUGCGUUUCCUUACCCACCAAUGUUUCUUCUCCGCCGUUCGAUCCGGCGACCUUGGGUCGGUGAGACAGGUGGUCGAUAAGCUCACAAAGGACGAGCCCUCAAAUGGGUCCCUCGUCUCUGAUCUGAUGGCGAUGCAGAACGAUGCAGGCGAGACUGCCCUGUAUGUGGCUGCAGAGAAUAAUCUGGAGGAGGUGUUCAGUUACUUGCUCCAGUUCUGUAAUAUAGAGAUUGCAAAGAUCAGGUCCAAGCAUGAUAUGAACGCCUUUCAUGUUGCCGCCAAGCGUGGCCACUUAGGUAUUGUGAAGGCACUAUUGGGAAUUUGGCCUGAGCUAUGUAAAUUGUGUGACUCGUCAAACACUAGCCCUCUUUAUUCAGCUGCCGCUCAGGACCAUUUUGAUGUAGUUAACGCCAUCUUGGAUGCCGAUGUCAGCUCAAUGAGGAUAGUGAGAAAAAAUGGUAAAACUGCGUUACAUACAACUGCAAGGUAUGGCCACCUCCGUACUGGGAAAGAACUUAUAGAUCGAGAUCCAGGAAUAGUCUGCAUAAAAGAUAAAAAGGGUCAAACUGCACUCCAUAUGGCUGUAAAAGGUCAGUGUACUCCGAUUGUAGAGGAGAUUUUGCUUGCUGACCAUUCUAUACUGAAUGAACGCGACAAGAAGGGCAACACAGCUGUGCAUAUAGCCACGAGGAAAUGCCGUCCCCAGAUAGUGGGCGUUCUGCUGAGCUAUAGGACUAUUGAUGUCAAUGCCAUUAAUAAUCAUUAUGAAACUGCAAAGGAUUUGGCAGAUACACUACCAUAUGGAGAAUCAACAUUGGAAAUUAAAGAAGCACUAGCGGAAGUUGGUGCCAAGUAUGCAAGACAUGUUGGCCAAGUGGACGAAGCGAUGGAACUGAAGAGAACUGUGAGUGAUAUCAAGCAUGAGGUGCAGUCACAGCUUAUACAAAAUGAAACAACUCGACGACGAGUUUCUGGUAUUGCCAAAGAACUAAAGAAACUUCAUAGAGAAGCUGUCCAGAACACUACCAAUUCUAUUACAGUAGUUGCUGUUCUGUUUGCGUCGAUAGCCUUCUUGGCCAUGUUUAACUUGCCUGGCCAAUAUGUAAAGGAAGGACCGGAAGCAGGGAUGGCUAACAUAGCUGAUAGUGUUGGUUUCAAAGUGUUCUACCUGUUAAACGCUACGUCUCUUUUCAUGUCGCUAGCAGUUGUUGUGGUUCAGAUCACUUUGGUGGCCUGGGAGACAGGGGCUCAGAAGCAAGUGGUGUCAGUGGUUAACAAACUAAUGUGGGCUGCCUGCGCUUGCACUUGUGGGGCUUUUCUGGCGAUAGCCUUUGUGGUCGUCGGAGAGGGGAGUUCAUGGAUGGCUAUUACCAUAACCGUUAUGGGAGUGCCAAUGCUUGUUGGAACUCUUGCAAGCAUGUGCUACUUUGUUUUCCGGCAACACUUUGGGGGUUUCCGGCGCGACUCUCAACGGCGCAUCAAAAAGGCCAGCGGAAGCAAGUCCUUUUCGUGGUCAGUCUACUCGGCAAACAUCUCAGAUCUUGAUGAUGACUACAACUCCGACCUUGAGAAAAUCUAUGCUUUGUGAACACUAAUAUACAGUAUUAUAGUAUUAGUAGUAUACAUAUGAGUUGUUUUAACACGUUUUCCGCCCAAUGUCUUGUUUAGCUCUUCAUCUAUCUGUUGAAGUAAGAGUUGUUGUUCAUAAUUAAAGGGGUGCUGCUGUAAUCUUGGUGCGCGCCAAGCUAAGUUGUUGGCUUUUUGCCCUGUACCUCUUAACUCUAGCUCUUUAAUUCACAGUUGAUUGUAGAUUAUGUAUAUUGUAUUUGUAAAUGUAGAUUGCGG